AUGGUGAGGGUCCGCGCCCGCAGACGACUUGAUCUGCUCAUAUUGAGACAGUUCCGCGCAGACUGGUCUGAGGCAGGCCAGCUGGGAGGCUGUGGUGUGGACGACCACUCCUGUGGUGUGGACGACCACUCCUGUGGUGUGGACGACCACUCCUGUGGUGUGGACGACCACUCCUGUGGUGUGGACGACCACUCCUGUGGUGUGGACGACCACUCCUGUGGAGUGAACGACCACUCCUGUGGCGUGGACGACCACUCCUGUGGUGUGGACGACCACUCCUGUGGUGUGGACGACCACUCCUGUGGCGUGGACGACCACUCCUGUGGUGUGAACGACCACUCCUGUGGUGUGGACGACCACUCCUGUGGCGUGGACGACCACUCCUGUGGUGUGGACGACCACUCCUGUGGAGUGAACGACCACUCCUGUGGUGUGGACGACCACUCCUGUGGUGUGGACGACCACUCCUGUGGAGUGAACGACCACUCCAGUGGCGUGGACGACCACUCCUGUGGUGUGGACGACCACUCCUGUGGCGUGGACGACCACUCCUGUGGCGUGGACGACCACUCCUGUGGUGUGAACGACCACUCCUGUGGCGUGGACGACCACUCCUGUGGCGUGGACGACCACUCCUGUGGUGUGAACGACCACUCCUGUGGUGUGGACGACCACUCCUGUGGCGUGGACGACCACUCCUGUGGUGUGAACGACCACUCCUGUGGUGUGGACGACCACUCCUGUGGCGUGGACGACCACUCCUGUGGUGUGGACGACCACUCCUGUGGUGUGGACGACCACUCCUGUGGUGUGGACGACCACUCCUGUGGAGUGAACGACCACUCCUGUGGUGUGGACGACCACUCCUGUGGUGUGGACGACCACUCCUGUGGUGUGAACGACCACUCCUGUGGUGUGGACGACCACUCCUGUGGAGUGAACGACCACUCCUGUGGUGUGGACGACCACUCCUGUGGUGUGAACGACCACUCCUGUGGUGUGGACGACCACUCCUGUGGAGUGAACGACCACUCCUGUGGUGUGGACGACCACUCCUGUGGUGUGAACGACCACUCCUGUGGUGUGGACGACCACUCCUGUGGUGUGGACGACCACUCCUGUGGUGUGAACGACCACUCCUGUGGUGUGGACGACCACUCCUGUGGUGUGAACGACCACUCCUGUGGUGUGGACGACUACUCCUGUGGUGUGGACGACCACUCCUGUGCUGUGGACGACUACUCCUGUGGUGUGGACGACCACUCCUGUGGUGUGGACGACCACUCCUGUGGUGUGGACGACCACUCCUGUGGUGUGGACGACCACUCCUGUGGUGUGGACGACCACUCCUGUGGUGUGGACGACCACUCCUGUGGUGUGGACGACCACUCCUGUGGUGUGGACGACCACACCUGUGGUGUGGACGACCACUCCUGUGGUGUGGACGACCACUCCUGUGGUGUGGACGACCACUCCUGUGGUGUGGACGACCACUCGCUCCACAUACACACAGCUCCAACAUACUGGAGCAGAGUGUGCAUGUCCAGUAUGCUGGACAUACUACAUAUGUAUGUCCUCCGCCCAUAUGCUUCUCUCUGGCUCAGCAUAUAUUGUACUGUGGUUCUCUCUCAUCCCUCAGUGUUCCCUUUAUCACUGAAGACCAGUCUCUGA